UUAAGUUUAUUUUCUAUUGGUUGCAUCAUUUAAGUUAUAAACAGUGUAUAUCCAGUAGUUUAUGACUUUUUCUCUUGGUUCUGAGUCCCCCUGCUUGGCAACAACCACAGGUGCAGGGCAAAUUCUGCUCCAGCCCCAUACCAUCGCGUUGAUUUCCACCACAAUUUUGAUCUUAACUACUUGUCACUACUAGUCUGUGAAAUCGUUCUGCCUUGCAGUAAAAAAAUUGAGACUAGGUGGGAUGGAAUUCGUCCAUUUAUGAAUGGUCGGGGUAAUCACCCUGGGACACCCCGGGAUACCUUUAUUUUCAUAGAAAGCUUUGAAUUUCAACUGUUUUUGUUGCAUUUUUUCCACAUUUAGCAAUAAAUUGAGCGUAAAUGUAGGUGUAUCCUAAGUAGCAGACUCACAACGAACCCUGACACGCCUAAUUCAUCCGAGAAUCGCAUACUGCAUAAUAGUGACGAAACAGACAUCCCGGAUGUUGUGACAUGCACCAGUGAGUUAGUGAGAAUAUGAAGCAUCAUGUGUGUAUGGUGUCCGAUUUCUUUUACCCGAACCAAGGUGGUGUGGAGAGUCACAUCUAUCACUUAUCCCAGUGCCUUAUAAACAGAGGUCAUAAGGUCAUUGUUGUAACACAUUUCUAUGGUAACAGAAAAGGCAUACGCUACCUCGACAAUGGACUUAAGGUUUACUAUCUACCAUUUCCAACAAUGUACAACCAAUGCAUCCUGCCAACAAUACUCACUACAUUCCCAUUACUCAGGAAUAUAUUUAUACGAGAAAAAAUCACUAUAGUUCAUGGGCAUUCUGCAUUUUCAACGAUGGCUCACGAGGCAAUGUUCCAUGCCCGCAACAUGGGGUUGAAGACAGUGUUUACUGACCACUCACUGUUUGGAUUUGCAGAUGCAAGUUCAAUACUCACUAACAAAUUGCUCAAGUUCUCCCUGGCUGACUGUAGCCAUGCUAUAUGUGUGUCACAUACAAGUAAAGAAAAUACAGUAUUACGGGCAUGUAUCAAGCCAGACUUGGUGUCUGUUAUUCCAAAUGCUGUUGAUUCAAGCAUGUUUCUACCAGAUCCAUCCAAGAGACAUCAAGAUAAAAUAACCAUUGUGAUAGUAAGCAGGCUUGUAUAUAGGAAGGGCAUGGACCUGCUGGCAGGGAUCAUACCAGAGAUAUGUAGUAAACAUCCAGACGUUCAGUUUAUCAUAGGUGGAGAUGGACCAAAAAGAAUUCUUCUUGAAGAGAUAAGAGAGAAUAAUCAGCUACAGGACAGAGUUACCUUUCUUGGACCAUUGAAACAUAGCCAAGUCAGAGAUGUUUUAGUUCAAGGGGAUAUUCUAAUCAACACAUCAUUGACUGAAGCAUUUUGUAUAGCUAUAGUAGAAGCAGCUUGCUGCGGGUUGAAGGUUGUAAGUACCAGAGUGGGUGGCGUCCCAGAAGUUCUACCCCCUGACAUGAUCAAGUUGGCAGAACCCAGCGUUAAAGCUCUGGUGUCGGCUCUAGAUGAAGCUAUAUCAGACCAGCGUAAUGGAAGAGUAAUUGAUCCACAAGAGGCACAUGAACGUAUCAAGAAUAUGUACACGUGGCCUAAUGUAGCAAGGAGAACAGAGAUUGUGUAUGAUAUGGUUCAUAAAUUACCAGAACGAGACCUCGGUACAAGAGUCAGAAGAUAUUAUCAGUGCGGACCCCUUGCUGGGAAGUUGUUUGUGAUAGCAAUGGUGAUAGAUCUGUUUUUCUUGUGUGUCCUAAAGUUCCUUCAACCAGAAAAUGAAAUUGAAGAAUGUCCUGAUUUUUCAUCUACCUACAGAACCUCAGCAUUUUGUAACCAUGGUAACAAAAGAAAACUACUUAAUGAAGAUAAAAGACGAAAAGGAAGAUUAAAAGCUAAUCAGAACUAAAAUAAUAUAUUAUCUUAGAUAAUUUGACACAUUUAUUAUUAUUUUUAUAUUAAAAUAAUAUAUUUUAAAAGAAA